AGCUGUAGUACCUGUCUCGCGAGAUUCCGCGAGGUGAUAAGUUGAAGAAACAUGGCGACGUCUAAUUUGUUAAAGAACAAGGGGUCCCUGCAGUUUGAGGACAAGUGGGAUCUGAUGCGACCCAUCGUUCUCAAGCUGCUCAGACAGGAGGCCGUCACUAAGCAACAGUGGUUCGACUUGUUCUCAGAUGUCCAUGCUGUGUGCCUAUGGGAUGAUAAAGGACCAGCCAAAAUCCACCAAGCCCUCAAGGAGGACAUCCUAGACUUCAUCAAACAAGCACAGGCUCGGGUGUUGAGCCACCAGGAUGACACAGCACUGCUAAAGGCUUACAUUGUAGAGUGGAGAAAGUUCUUCACCCAGUGUGACAUCCUACCCAAACCCUUCUGUCAGCUGGAGAUCACGCUGAUGGGCAAACAGGGCAGCAACAAGAAAACAAACAUGGAGGACAGCAUUGUACGCAAGCUGAUGCUGGACACAUGGAAUGAGUCGAUCUUUUCCAACAUUAAGAGUCGCCUGCAGGACAGCGCCAUGAAGCUGGUACAUGCAGAGAGGCUGGGGGAGGCCUUCGACUCCCAGCUGGUCAUAGGAGUACGAGAGUCGUACGUGAACCUGUGUUCUAACCCAGAGGACAAGCUGCAGAUCUACAGGGAUAACUUUGAAAAAGCCUACCUGGACUCCACAGAGAGGUUUUACAGAACACAGGCACCGUCCUACCUGCAACAGAAUGGCGUCCAGAACUACAUGAAAUAUGCAGAUGCAAAGCUGAGAGAAGAGGAGAAGAGAGCACUUAGAUAUCUAGAGACACGUCGUGAAUGUAACUCUGUUCAAGCACUUAUGGAAUGUUGUGUGAAUGCUCUGGUGACCUCGUUUAAAGAGACCAUCUUAGCUGAAUGUCCGGGGAUGAUCAAACGCAAUGAGACAGACAAGCUGCACUUGAUGUUUUCACUGAUGGACAAGGUUCCCAGUGGGAUUGAGCCAAUGCUGAAAGACCUGGAGGAACAUAUCAUCAGCGCUGGACUAGCAGACAUGGUGGCUGCUGCCGAGACCAUCACUACUGACUCUGAGAAGUACGUGGAGCAGUUGUUGACUUUGUUUAACCGCUUCAGUAAGCUGGUAAAGGAGGCCUUCCAGGAUGACCCUCGCUUCCUCACAGCGAGAGAUAAGGCUUACAAAGCUGUUGUCAAUGAUGCCACAAUCUUCAAACUGGAGCUGCCUAUGAAACAGAAAGGUGUGGGUAUGAAGACUCAGCCGGAGUCUAAGUGUCCAGAGCUGCUGGCAAACUACUGUGACAUGCUGCUGAGGAAAACUCCUCUCAGCAAGAAACUCACCUCAGAGGAAAUUGAACUCAAACUCAAAGAAGUGCUCUUGGUGUUGAAGUACGUCCAGAAUAAAGAUGUGUUCAUGCGUUACCACAAAGCACACCUUACCAGACGCCUGAUUCUGGACAUUUCAGCAGACAGUGAGAUUGAGGAGAACAUGGUGGAGUGGCUGAGAGAAGUAGGAAUGCCUGCUGAUUACGUGAACAAGCUGGCCAGGAUGUUUCAGGACAUCAAGGUCUCAGAGGACCUCAAUCAAGUCUUCAAAGAGAUGCACAAACACAACAAACUGGCACUGCCAGCGGACAGCGUGAACAUAAAAAUCCUCAAUGCCGGAGCUUGGUCACGAAGCAGUGAGAAGGUUUUUGUCUCACUGCCCACAGAGCUGGAGGACUUGAUCCCUGAGGUGGAAGACUUCUACAAGAGGAAUCACAGUGGUCGCAAACUCCACUGGCAUCACCUAAUGUCUAACGGCAUUAUCACCUUUAAAAACGAGGUGGGUCAGUACGACCUGGAGGUGACGACGUUCCAGCUGGCCGUGCUGUUCGCCUGGAACCAGAGACCCAGAGAGAGAAUCAGCUUUGAGAACCUCAAACUGGCCACAGAACUACCUGACGCAGAGCUACGCCGCACACUCUGGUCUCUGGUGGCCUUUCCCAAGCUGAAGAGACAGGUGCUGUCUUACGACCCUCCAGUUAACUCGCCCAAAGACUUCACAGACAGCACACUCUUCUACGUCAAUCAGGAGUUCUCCCUCAUCAAAAACUCCAAAGUCCAGAAGCGGGGAAAGAUCAAUCUCAUCGGUCGGCUGCAGUUGACCACUGAGCGAAUGAGAGAGGAGGAGAAUGAAGGAAUUGUUCAGCUCAGAAUACUCAGAACUCAGGAGGCCAUCAUCCAAAUCAUGAAGAUGAGGAAGAGGAUCAGCAAUGCCCAGCUGCAGACAGAGCUGGUGGAGAUCCUGAAGAACAUGUUUCUGCCACAGAAGAAGAUGAUCAAGGAGCAGAUUGAGUGGCUCAUUGAACACAAGUACAUAAAGAGGGACGAGUCAGACAUCAACACUUUCAUCUACAUGGCCUAGGCAGUGAUUGAGGAUGUGCUUUCCUGCUCGGUUUUUUACUCCUGGCCUGCGACCGGCGCUUUAAAAACCUGCAAAAAGAGAGGGGCAAGGAUGUGUUUGAAGAAAAGGAGAAGGAUGAUGAUAAGUAAGGAAUGUGUUGAAGGACAAGAAAGAGCCUUUUCACCAACAGUGUGGAUAUUUCUUUGUGUUUGUGAGACGCCAGUGUGUUAUCGGAGUGUCAUUUCGAGGCAUAGCGUUGAGUCAUCAGGCUGUCUUGGUCUAUGCUGCCCUCCAGUGUCAGAUCAGAGGAGAGGAACAACAGUGUGCGCCAUCUGCUGGCAGCUCAGAAAAAAAAAAAAAUAGUGACAAAAUUUAAUUAAAUUCUUCCUGCCUUACUUUCAUCAGCAACAGACUGCAGAAGAAAAUGAGGAGAAAUGAGGAGAGAAAGGAGGACAAAUGUAACAAGCUGAUAUCAAUCCUUUGCUUUCACUUGAUGCCACAGCUGCUAUCUUAGCAGCAGCCAUUUUGCCCCCCACCCCACCCCUUCUACAUUGGUCUCAUUUUUGAACAGGGAAUGCAAAAAGCUGCGAGUGAAAGCUGCCAUUGAGGAGGAGAGGACACAGAUAGAGAGACUAGUUCAAACUACCGAGGAGUAUUUUGCCAAAUUGUGCGUGUGUGUGUGUGUGUGUGUGUAUGUAUGUUUGGAGUUUGGGUGCAUGGUGUGUAUCUGGUCUUUUAAAUGUGUGUAUGUGUGUGCACUUUCAACAGCAUGCUGCUCUAUGAUGUGUGUUUUUUUUUUGUUUGUUUUUUUUUGUUCAGUGGAGGAUCUGUCACACUUUGUCAGAAAAUUCUGGGAAAUUAAUACCAGCCACCGUUUAAAUACAGUUUUCUUUUUACCCCAUGUUUCAGGUCAAAUUUUCCGCAGGUAAACAAGUAUUGUCUGGACACCCCUGUCUGUGUGGGACAAUUAUCACACUAUUUAUUUAGUGUGUAAAAACCUGUGAGAUUAAAUACCAGCUGAAAGAAUCAAGGAGGAACACACACAAUUGUGACCAGGUGCUUGUUUUUUGUUUAUUUCAUAAAAGUGUGGCAGUAAAAUAGAAACUCAAAUACAUAGACACACCAGGUUGAAGCUUCAUUUCUGAAAUUUUACCUCAUUAAUCCACUAAGAGUGUCAUUCUUUGCACAGUGCAGUCCCAGGAAAAUACUUUUAAAUAUAAACCAAAUUAAAGAGAACCAUACAUUCUCAGAGUGAAUAUGUUUAAGCAAAGCAGCCAUCUGAUGCAGGAUGUUUUGUAACAUAUCAGCCAUGGUUUUAGUUAGGUCUACAAUCUGUAUUCUCCACAAAGGUCAUUCAUGAUCACAUAAUCUCAGAAUGUGUGCACAAAAUGAUAGGUUCAGACUUCUUGAAACUAAUAUAGAUUUUAUUCACAAUGGCCAUAUUUGUAUGUAUGGUUGUUGUCGUCAAGUCCAGUCCACCAUAAAAAAUGGAGGUAAAAAUCAACAGAACUGAUUCCAGUUAAGACUGAAUUGAUGCUUCAGACUUCUGACUGGGUCAGUUCAUUCUGGUGUUUCUCAAACCUAUUGUUUCUUAAAUAGUUUUUGCUGGCACAAGUGAGGGACAGGAGUUUAAAUAUAUUUUGUGACCUGUUUGCAAGUCUAGGCUAUUUUGCUACAACAGUUGCUGCUACCAUGGUUACACACUGUCUUUUGAAAGCUAGUAUUUGACAUAGAAUUAUAUUAUAUAAUAUUUACAUAUGUAAAUGAGGUAUGUGGUACUUUUCUACCUUUUUAUAGUUUGCCUCUUAUUCAGCCGUUCUCGCACACACACAUACACACACUCUGAUGGUGGUGGAGCUGCCAUGCCAGGCACUGUCCUGGAGCCACUUUGAGCAUCAGUGUUUUGCUCAAAGUCGCUGUGACAUAUGGACAAGAGGAUUAACCCUGCAGACCCGCUCUACCUCCUGAGCCACAGCCGCCCAGGGUUUUGUUAGCUCUUGUCUAAAAUAGUAACCUCAUUGAAUUUUUAAACAUUUAUACGUUUCUGGACGAUAUACUGUGGUUUGUCCACCAGAGAGCAAGUUAAUUGUCCAUUCAAUACAUAUCUUCAAAUUACUUUAAAACAAUAUUGUGAAUCAGCUCAGUCAGCCAGUUGAUGUGGUACGUCAGUGGAGGUCAAUAUGGAGAGGAGGAUGGAUUAGGGGAAGAAAAUAUAAAAUCAAGAUUAGAGAAGUCUGAACCUGUCUUUUACUCUUUACUCUUAAUUUAAAAAAUAAUAAUCCUUCACAGGUCUGAAAAGUUUAGCGUGGCAUGGAAAACUUGAUCCACACUUCACAUGUGACAAAUCACCGUCUUGAUAGUUUUCUUCCAGGUACACAAAACCAUAUCAUUUGUUUAAUCCUACUGAAGAUUAACAGCCUUUAUAGUCCGGUUCAGUUGGCACAGAAUAACUUCCAGCAUUAAAAUGUUUUUUUUGUUUGUUUGUUUGUUUGUUUUCAGAGGCAGUCAUACAAAGCUGACAAAUGUUUUUUGUGUAUCCUCCAAGAAUUGCUCUUAAAAACUUAUUUGAAAGUGUUAAAGUAACUGAAAUAGACACACCAACAUUGGAAUAGUGUUGAAUCUUCACACUUAUGUCACGUUAUUUUUGCUGCUUAGACAUUUAAUAUAUUUUAGGUCGUAAAGAAUAAUAACCACUGCAACUUCUGGACAUGUUCUGCACUGUCAGUAAAUACCAGGUCAAACUGUAGUAUAGUGAAUUAGAGAGAGGACAAAAAGCUGAUGAGUGAGCACUGAGAUCACAGAGGGGAGCGCUUUACUCCACAGGCAUUCUUGAAGAGUGCACGUCAAAAACACUGCAUUUCAAAAAUGAGGAUGCAUUCACUUAAAAUCAUAGGCUCUGUCACCCUUAGUCCUGAAAAUGCUAUGGUUUAACUUAGUGACAUUAUUUUAUGAGUGUAUGUUGUUGUUCUUUGAUUUCCUGUUUAACUAAAACUUCAAAUUCUUUGAGCAGUGAGGAGGAAGAAAGACAGUGAAUGUGUGAGGUCAAUUUUUUUAUAUUUAUUCUAUAUUUAUGAAGAAUGUUACUCUCUUUGUCAGUCAAAAUGCUUCUGUUUUCGUUUUGAGAGAUGUUUUCUUAGUGUACAUUCAUAGCGCAGA